AUGCACAAACGGGAAGAUUUAACCUCUGUUAAAGUAGAUGGUCUGGAGUAUUAUGUAGUUCCAUGUCCAAACCAACUGGAAAUCACUGACAGUGUCACAGGGAGUAACGUGUUCUGCUCAACCCCGCUUGAUAAUGAGACCAGCCUUUCCAUCGAAGACCGGAGAUUUCUGGAGGUAAUGGAGAAACAAAUCCACAAAAACAGUACUGGACACUGGGAAAUGCCCUUGCCGUUUUGCCAAGGAGACACUGUUUUGCCUAAUAACCAUCCUCAAGCUAUCCAUCAUCUCAAUGGCCUACUAAAGACACUAAAGCGAAAGCCGCAAAUGGAGAAAGACUACCUGGAGUUUAUGAAGACGAUGUUCAGUAAAGGACAUGCAAUGCCGGUCCCAUCAAAGGAAAUACAUGGACAGAGAGGCCAUGUUUGCUAUUUGCAGCAUUUUGGAGUGUACCCCCCAAGAAACCAGCCAAAGUAUGCGUUGUAUUUGAUGCGCCAUCCGAGUUUGACAGUGUGUCGUUGAACAAGGUUCUAUUACCUGGUCCAGACCUCAUGAAUAGCUUGCUUGGCUUUUGAUUUGUUUCCGCAGAGAAAGAGUGGGAGUAAUGUGCGACCUCGAGCAAAUGUUCUAUUCCUUUUACGUCAAUCCUGAACAUUGGAACUAUCUACGAUUCCUCUGGUACAAAGACAAUGAUCCCCAGAAGCAAGUGAUUGAGUAUCGCAUGAACGUUCAUCUAUUUGGAAACAGACCGAGCCCAGCAGUAGCCACCUUUGGGCUGAGAAAGACUGCAGUGAGGGAGAGGAGAAGUAUGGCGAGGAGGUUCAGGACUUCGUACACUGUAACUUCUACGUUGACGAUAGCCUAGCGUCUCUUCCUACUGCCGAAGAAGCUAUCAAACUUGUCACCAGUGCCCAAAACGCCCUAGCAUCGUCGAAUCUAAGGGCUGCACAAAGUCGUUUCCAACUCCGUAGACGUUAUGGAAACUCUUUCAAUAGACGACAGAGCAAAAGGCCUACGUGAUUUAGACCUUUGUCUGGAUACCUUUCCAGUGAAGCGGUCUCUUGGAGUUUACUGGGACCUCGAGAACGAUGCGUUUACAUAUCAAGUUUCCUUACCCAAAAAGCCUUUCACCCACAGAGGAGUCCUUUCGGUGAUAAACAGCGUGUACGAUCCCUUUGGAGUGGCAGCGCCAGCUAUGUUACAAGGAUGA